AUAGCCAGAAAGGAAUGGGGUCGCACGUGGAAUGCCACAUGGUUUAAUGUGACUAUAUAAGCAGUUGACACCUAACAGGAGCUACUAGACGCUUCAAACUCAAAGAUCAUGCAGGUUAUUGCCCUCUUCGCUUGUCUGGUAGCUUAUGUUGCCGCGGCGCCGUCGUUAGGCCCGUGUCUGUUUGACGGACGAGUUUACUCGGCAGGGGAUACGAUCAUCAUCUCUAAAUGUCUGGCCAGUAUGAAGUGUCUAGGGGACAAUAACUACGGGGAACUUACCUCCCUUGGAGGUGUUUGCCCGCAGAAAAGGGAAGCCGACGGACAAAACGGAUGCCUUUUCGACGGUCGGGUGUACGGCAAGGGGGACACAAUCCUGAUCCAACCCUGCCUGGCCACUAUGAUAUGUGAGGGGUACAACUCUUACAGCUUCCCUCGGGCUCUUGGAGGCGUCUGUCCGUCCAAGAAGCGACAGCUCUCUGGUCAGGUCGGAUGUCUCUUUGACGGUCGAGUGUACCAAGCGGGCGAGAAAGUGAUCAUCGCCAACUGCCUGGGAGAGAUGACAUGUCUAGGAAGGAACAACUACUCGCCCAUUGUCUCGUACGGGGGCGUGUGUCCCGACAAGGAAACCCGGGCUGUUGAUGGACAAACCGGCUGCCUGUUUGACGGCCGAGUGUAUGCAACCGGAGACACGAUCUACGUCGGUCAUUGUCUCGCAAAGUUCACGUGCCUAGGCCACAACCGAAUCUCGGAACCAAUCAGUCUCGGUGGACAAUGCUAAAAGGGGACAACCUGAUACAACGCUUACAUCGUGUAUAUACAUAUUUAUUUAGCUUGCAAUAUUUAUAUGUUACACUUCCGUUCAAUAAAUACAUAACAAAAUGUA